GUUUCAUUUUGGAGGAUUCCUCCCUCCAUCCUCCGGAUCGCACCGAACAGGCAAUGACAACGGUCUUAGCAACCCCGCAGCAGAUGAAGGACCGGCUGCUGCAGGCCAUCGACAGUCACAGCAAUAUACGCAACAUGGUGGCUGUAUUGGAGGUAAUUUCCUGUCUUGAGAAGUAUCCUAUCACCAAAGAAGCACUUGAGGAAACUCGACUCGGAAAAUUGAUCAAUGAUGUAAGGAAGAAGACCAAGGAUGAAGACCUUGCCAAGCGUGCUAAGAAACUCUUGAGGGCCUGGCAAAAGCUGAUCGAACCUGGGCCAGCUGUUGCUGUGAGUGUGCCUGGGUCUACCAAUGGCAGUUCUCACCCCUGCAGGACGGAUGCCUCUCCUCCUGACAUUUCUGUUUCAGGGAAGGGCGUCCCAGAAGUUAAAAUCAGAAACGAUGUUCACAACACAUACUCACCAAAAGCUGAGAAAUCAAGCAGCCGCAAACGCCGAGCAGAGCACAGAGACAGUGGAGUGCACUUACCAGAAAAAAUCUCCAAGAUGUCUUCGUUUGAUAACUCUGUUUCACCACCACCCACCAAUGGGAUCGCAGGCAGUCCUGAUGCCCUGCUUGACCAGCAAGUCGUCCCGUCUCCUGACAGAUCUCGUAUAGAGCACCUUGAUAAUGAUAAAAUCAACAGAAUUCCGGUUAAUGCUGUCAAGCCUCGCCCCAGCUCCCCAGGAGUGGCCAAACUACCUAGCACUUCCUCAAUGAUCAAGGUUGCUGUGAUGCAGCAACAGGCCAGAUUGGACGAGGGAGGAGGAGGAGGGGCGUAUUAUCAAGCCAAAAGUCCCCGUGGCCUCACUACCAGUCCGAGGAACCUGAAGCAAGACGCAGUGACCAAGCGCUCUUCAUAUGCACCUAAAGGAACGCCUAUCCCAAGCCCCUCCUCUAGGGACUCUCCAUUGUCUUUGUCCCAGCCUGUGUCCUCCCCUGCCCAAGCAUCUUACGCUGACAAGCUGCCACAUUCUUCUCAUAGGUCUUCAAUGCACUGGGCCAGUUCGUCAGAAGUCCCUUCUCAUUGCCCUUCACAAGACAUAUCUGCAACACUGGAAUCCCCAUCAGUCUCCCCUUCACCCUCUCACCUCCAACACAACUCAGAACUACACAGACCGACAUCUGAGGGAGCCAUGUCUGUGUCUGACGACACAGAUGGGACAUCGGGUUCCAACUCAGAGCAAAAAAGGCGGAAGUACAGGUCAAGAGACUAUUCUGUCAACCUAGAUGGCCAGAAACUCGAGGAUACGACUAAACCUGUACGGUUAAAAGAACGCAGAUUAACAUUUGACCCCGUCACAGGUCAGAUCAAACCUCUGGUACAUAAAGAACCUUCUCAAACAGAGGAUGCCCCCACUCCUGACCCUGCUGAGUCUAGGCAGAGAACUGAAAGCACUGUUCAACAGCCUGCUGUCCUCCCCCCGGUCCCUGCCCUGGCCCCAGCCACAGCCACAGCCACAGCCACAGCCCCAGCCCCCGCCCCAGCCCCAGCCCCAGCCCCAGCCCCAGCCCCAGCCCCAGGUCCCAGCCCAAACCCUUUCCAUCAAACAAACUGGAAAGAGCUGUCCAGAAAUGAAAUCAUCCAGUCCUACUUGAACCUUCAGAGUAAUGUGCUCACCUCGUCUGGGGUCCAGGCCCCGAGUGCGCACUUUUUCAUGUCAGAGUAUCUGAAAAGGGAAGAACAGGAGAUCAAGGAGUCACGGAAGAUACAUGUCCUGCAGACAGACAGCUCAGUAGGGGAUUUACCGGGCUUGAGCCGGGAUGUGACAGACGAUGACCUGGACAGGGUACAAACAAAGCACUGGCCGGGGGUGAACGGUUGUUAUGACACCAAUGGCACCUGGUAUGAUUGGACAGAGUGCAUAUCAUUGGACCCUCACGGGGAUGAAAGCAAAUUGAACAUCCUGCCAUAUGUUUGCCUAGACUGAGGGGUUUGAGAAGGUUGCUGUCCUUUUUCCACUCCUUUCUUUGUCUCUCCGCAGAGACAAGACACUUUGUGAUUUUGUUUUGUCCACUGUGAGUUCGGCAACAGCCAGGCCUGCUAAACUCCCCAACCCCCCCCCCC